CCUUAACACUUCACAUGUUAUUUCAUGGCAUAUUUGAAAUAAAAUAACGAAAAUAGCUCUUCCAUAUUGCAUGCCGUGUUUCGGAUGAGUAGAAGGCUAUUAGCGGUCAUUAAAUAGCUGUUUUUGUGGAGAGUGCAAGGAGUACCCUGCCCAUUCCGGCUCUCCAUCCUCUCAUUAUCUUGCACUCGGAGAAACAAAAGAUGGCCAUGAUCGCGGAUGCCUUCGUCUCCACAUUGUGUGAGACACUACUAACCUAUGCAAAGGAAGAGGCUGCCAAGAUCUUGGGUGUGCCUGACGAAAUCGAGAAGCUCCAUAGGAGGCUGAGGAGGAUGCAGGCCGUUCUCGCUGAUGCAGAAAAUAGACGCUUCAACGAUGAGGCCAUCAACCUUUGGCUGAACGAGCUACGAGAUCUCAUGUACGAUGUAGAUGACGUCAUCGAUGAAUGUCGGAUCGAGGGGGAGAAGCUUCUCAACUCAAACUUAUCUUCAUCUCGCUAUGCUAAGUUGGUACGUUGUUGCUACCCUUCCAUUACUUGCUUGCACAAAGUUGGAUUCCGUCAUGAGAUUGGCAAUAGAAUUAGGGAUCUCAACCUUAGGCUUGAUGAACUUGCCAAGGACAAAGCCGACCUCCAUCUUUCACCUGCUCCUCGUGAUGACCCCUAUAAGAGUAGAAUUAGCCAUAAGACAUCUUCGGUACUUGUUGAACUUGAUCUUAUGGGAGAGAAAAUUGAGGAUGAUACAAGGAGGCUGGUGGACCUGUUGACAAAAGAAUAUAAGAAAAAAAUCCCAGUUUUUGCUAUUGUCGGCAUGGGUGGGAUAGGCAAAACUACUCUUGCUCAAAAAAUUUACAAUGAUGAGAAGCUUCGGAACAACUUCAACCAAAUGCCACCAAUUUGGUUGUGCGUGUCUCAAGAGUUCUCAGAGUCCGGUUUGUUGAGAUCUAUCAUAAAACAAGCCGGAGGUAAUCCUGGAGAUGCUGAGGAGAAGGAAAUGCUUGAACCCAUGCUUAGCGAAUUACUUAGGAACAAAAAAGUUUUUGUAGUCUUGGAUGAUGUUUGGGAUGCUCAGGUAUGGGAUAAGCUUUUGAGAAAUUCCUUGCAGAGUGGUUUGGCGGAUAGUAGAAUUUUGAUAACAACAAGAAAUAUAAAUAUUGGUAAACAAAUGGGAGCAGUACACACUCAUAUGGUGGAUAAGUUGUCUCGAGAGGAUGGUUGGUCAUUAAUUUGCAAGAUGGUGUUUGAGGAAGGCGAGGAAGGAGAAAAGGAUGUGUUAAGGGAUGUUGGGAUGAGAAUUGUAGAAAAAUGUGAUGGCCUUCCCCUUGCUCUUAGGACGAUUGGAGGGGUUCUUCGAACCAUGGCAAAAAGGCAAUCGGAAUGGGAAAAGGUACUUUCUAGCUCAGCAUGGUCUUUUACUAAGCUUUCGGAUGGGGUGAUGGGGGCUUUGUACUUGAGCUAUCUACAUUUACCACCUCCUCUCAAGCAGUGCUUCACUUGCCUUUCAUUAUUUCCUGAGGACUACCUAAUUGAUCAUGGUGUUUUCAUCAAUAAUUGUAUUGCAGAGGGCUUUGUAACAUCCGAAGACAAUACGCCCUUGGAAGAUGUGGGAAAAGGAUAUUGGAAGGAGUUGAUGCAAAGAAACCUCGUACAGCGAGAGCCUACCUAUAAUGAUCUAUUAGGUUGCAGGGUGCAUGAUCUCCUGCGAUCUCUAGCUCAGCAUAUAGCAGGGGAUGAGUGCUUCGUCGGAGAUGCACGAGCAUUUGAACACAAGAUCAUGUCCUCCUCCUCAUCAUCGAUAAAAUUACGUCGUUUAUCAAUUGUAGAUGAAAAAUUAGAAGCCAUACCGGACUUUAUAAUGGAACAGACAUCCUUGAGGACUCUGUCAUUCUUCCGCACCCCACUUAUUCAUGAUCUUCCCAAAGAUCUCUUCAAAAAGCUGAGGAAUUUAAGGGUCCUAAACUUAUGUGAAGCUGCCAUUACCAAUCUCCCAACUUUCUUGGGAGAUCUUGUGCACCUUAGACGUCUUGAUCUCCGUGCGACUCCAAUAAGAGAGAUACCAGAGAGCAUAGGGAAUCUUAGAAAUCUCCAGUUUCUGAUCCUCACGAAUUGUAAAUUUUUGCACAGCCUCCCUGCUGGUGUCGUGUGGUUAAUCAAUCUGAGGGGUCUAGAUGUCCGGGGUGCACCACUUGAUGGUCUGCCUGUGGGAAUACGGAGACUGAAACAACUACGCACGUUUGGGGGAUUUGUGGGGAAUGGUAGCGAGGGCUGCAGAUCUGGAGUGGGAGAAGAUGACAUGGAGCAGGAGCACAAGGGACAUCAACACGGGAGAUUCUGCACCUUGGAGGAGUUGAAAUCCCUCUCCCAGCUCCAGUAUUUGACAAUAGAAAACUUGGAGAGGGUAUCUGACGGGGCUGAAGCAAAAGCCGCUGCACUUCAAGCCAAGCCCCAUCUUAUCUACCUAGAUUUGUUUUGCAAGCGAUAUAGCAGCUCUUCUGAUGUGCAACAGCCUCGUGCAAGUGAUUACGAUGAGGAAGAUAUCAAGAGAAUAAGGGAGGUAUUCGAGGAGCUCUGCCCACCGCCAUGCAUGGAACGGCUUAAAAUCCAUGGCUACUUUGGCCGUGAGUUUCCCAGCUGGAUGAUGACACCUUCCUCGUCAUCGCUCUGCAACCUGCGAAGGCUGGAUCUGCAGGAUUUUGCUCUAUGCCAGCAACUUCCACUCUUGGGAAUGCUACCACAACUAGAUUACCUCCGAAUUGAAGGUGCUUCUGCAGUCACGAGAAUCGGGCCUGAAUUCUUGUUGCUGGCGGGUGGUAGUGCUGGUGCAAGGGGGCAGAAUGGAAGAAAAACCGACUCUUGCUUCUCCUCCUACUUCCCCAAACUAGAGAAACUUAGAUUUAUAAACAUGACUAAUUGGGAAGAAUGGUGGUGGCGGUUGGACGAGGAGGACAACCAGACAAUAUCGUUGCUACCUUCUCUUAAGAUAUUGAAAAUUAUUGAAUGUCCGAAGUUGAGGUCUCUUCCGGAGAGCCUCCUCUAUCAUGCCAGCGCCUUGAAGAUGUUACACAUUGAAGGUGCCCACAGCCUAAGAGAAAUACAAAACCUCUCCUCUCUUUCAGAAUUGUGCUUGACCCACAACUCGAGUUUGGAGAGAGUGUCCAACUUUCCUGGACUCAAACACCUAAACGUUUAUGAUUGUGAGGAGUUGAAGGUUGUGGAGGGUGUGAACGCCGUGGAGCACAUACAGCUCGAUGAUCGAGAAGCAGAAGAGUCUCUCCCGGAGUGGUUAGUAGGUGCUGGUGAAGAACAACAACGCUUCCCUUCGCUCCAAAAGUUGACUCUCAAAAACAAAAUCUGUCGCCGAGGGCUGCCUGAUUGGCCUCUGAUCUGAUGGCACGACACCCAUCUCAUAUUGAAGCAAUCAGCAAGUACGGGUCAACGACAAUCGACUGUACAAGAAAAAGCUGCCUCAACAAGCCAGGGAUGGAUGUUAUACUACUCAGCAACUGUUUGAUAUUCUGCAUCAUUCUCGUCCUUUUAGGUACAUAUCCUGACCUGAUAGCUCCUUUUUUUGUGAUACCUAAUCCUCUUCGCAUGUCCUUUUAAGAGAUGAUAUCUGAUACCAGUUUUUUUCUUCUUUUCUUUGCUUGGCUGCCUUCUUUUAUUGAAUACAUAGAAUCCUUGUGUGGAUAUUGCAUGAUCGACAGCUUUUUGUGCAGGACUUUGUCCUAGGGGCUGCAGUAAGAAAGAAGAAAAGCCUGGGACCGGAUGGUAUGCAUAGCAAUUCCUUACAUUAAUUUGCUACUGUACCACUGUUCAUC